GACCUACGGAAACGGGCAGCCAGCUGGAGGCAGCGGGCAAAUAUAUUAAAGAAUAUUCAGCACUGGAAUGGCUUGCCUCACCAUGACAGAAAUGGAGGAAUCUGCCACAUCUUCUACCCACCAAAAUGGAGAUAUUCCUGGGAACGAUGAUACUUUGAAGCAGAUUGAGCCAAUUCUUCAGGUCUAUCUUUACCACUCUCUUGGGAAGACUGAAGGAGAUUAUUUACAGUUUCCAGUUGGAGAAUAUAUUGCUGAGGAAAUUUGUAUUGCUGCUUGUAAAGCUUGUGGUAUCACCCCUGUCUAUCAUAAUAUGUUUGCUUUAAUGAGUGAAACUGAGAGGAUCUGGUAUCCUCCCAACCAUGUCUUCCAUGUGGAUGAGGCAACCAGAUACAAUGUACUCUACCGAAUAAGGUUUUACUUUCCUCAUUGGUAUUGUAAUGGAGGAAAUAGAACAUAUCGGUAUGGAAUAUCUCGAGGUGCAGAGGCCCCUCUUCUUGAUGACUUUGUCAUGUCUUACCUUUUUGCUCAGUGGCGGGAUGAUUUUGUUCAUGGAUGGAUCAAAGUACCUGUGACUCAUGAAACACAAGAAGAAUGUCUUGGGAUGGCUGUCUUAGAUAUAAUGAGAAUAGCUAAAGAAAAGGAUCAGACCCCACUGGCAGUCUAUAACUCUACCAGCUACAAGACCUUCUUACCAAAAUGUGUUCGAGCAAAGAUCCAAGAUUAUCAUAUUUUGACACGAAAGCGAAUAAGGUACAGAUUCCGCAGAUUUAUUCAGCAGUUCAGCCAAUGCAAAGCUACUGCCAGAAUCUUGAAACUUAAAUAUCUUAUAAAUCUGGAAACUCUUCAGUCUGCCUUCUACUCAGAGCAAUUUGAAGUAAAAGAACCUGGCAGAGGUCCUUCAGGUGAGGAGAUUUUUGCAACCAUUAUAAUAACUGGAAACGGUGGAAUUCAAUGGUCACGAGGGAAACAUAAAGACAGUGAGACCCUGACAGAACAGGAUUUACAGAUGUACUGUGACUUUCCUGAUAUUAUUGAUGUCAGCAUUAAGCAAGCAAAUCAAGAAGGUUCAAAUGAGAACAGAGUGGUGACUAUCCAUAAGCAGGAUAGCAAAAAUUUGGAAAUUGAAUUUUGCUCAUUGAGAGAAGCGCUAUCUUUUGUAUCAUUAAUUGAUGGAUACUAUAGAUUAACUGCUGAUGCACAUCAUUACCUUUGUAAAGAAGUAGCUCCUCCAACAGUCCUUGAAAAUAUUCAAAGCAACUGUCAUGGCCCAAUUUCGAUGGAUUUUGCCAUAAGUAAACUGAAGAAAGCAGGUAACCAGACUGGACUCUAUGUCCUUCGAUGUAGCCCCAAGGACUUUAAUACAUAUUUUCUCACUUUUGCCGUUGAGCGGGAAAAUAUCACUGAUUAUAAGCACUGUUUGAUUACAAAAAAUGAGAAUGGAGAGUUCAACCUCAGUGGGACUAAAAAGAACUUCACUAAUCUUAAGGACCUCUUGAAUUGCUAUCAGAUGGAAACUGUCCGCUCAGAUAACAUCAUUUUCCAGUUUACCAAGUGUUGCCCCCCAAAGCCCAAAGAUAAAUCAAAUCUUCUAGUCUUCAGGAGUAAUGGCAUUUCUGAUGUUCCCACAUCACCAACAUUGCAGAGGCAUAAUAAUGUGAACCAAAUGGUGUUUCAUAAAAUCAGAAAUGAAGAUUUAAUAUUUAAUGAAAGCCUUGGGCAAGGCACUUUUACCAAGAUUUUUAAAGGUGUAAGAAGAGAAAUAGGAGACUAUGGCCAGCUCCAUGAAACAGAAGUCCUAUUAAAAGUUCUGGAUAAAGCACAUAGAAAUUAUUCAGAGUCUUUUUUUGAAGCAGCAAGCAUGAUGAGCCAGCUUUCUUACAAGCAUCUGGUAUUAAAUUAUGGAGUCUGUGUUUGUGGAGAAGAGAAUAUUCUAGUUCAAGAAUUUGUGAAAUUUGGAUCAUUGGACACAUACCUUAAAAAGAACAAAAAUUCUAUAAACAUAUUAUGGAAGCUUGAAGUGGCUAAACAGUUGGCAUGGGCUAUGCAUUUUCUUGAAGAAAAAAGCCUCACUCAUGGUAAUGUGUGUACUAAGAACAUUUUGCUAAUCAGAGAAGAGGACAGAAAGACAGGAAAUCCUCCUUUCAUCAAGCUCAGUGAUCCUGGCAUUAGUAUUACAGUUUUGCCAAAAGACAUUCUUCAAGAGAGGAUACCAUGGGUCCCACCUGAAUGUAUUGACAGUCCUAAAAAUCUAAGUUUGGCAGCAGACAAGUGGAGUUUUGGUACCACUUUGUGGGAAAUCUGCAGUGGAGGAGACAAACCUCUUAAUGCAUUAGAUUCUCAAAGAAAACUUCAGUUCUAUGAAGAUAGACACCAGCUCCCUGCACCAAAGUGGACAGAAUUAGCAAAUCUUAUAAAUAAUUGUAUGGACUAUGAGCCAGACUUCAGACCUUCUUUCCGGGCCAUCAUACGAGACCUUAACAGCUUAUUCACUCCAGACUAUGAACUACUAACAGAAAAUGACAUGUUGCCAAAUACGAGAUUUGGUGCCCUAGGAUUUUCUGGUGCUUUUGAAGACAGAGAUCCCACACAGUUUGAAGAAAGACAUCUUAAAUUCCUACAGCAACUUGGCAAGGGUAAUUUUGGGAGUGUGGAGAUGUGCCGAUAUGACCCUCUACAAGACAACACUGGUGAAGUGGUGGCUGUGAAAAAGUUACAGCACAGUACUGAGGAGCACCUGAGAGACUUUGAAAGAGAAAUUGAAAUUCUUAAGUCUUUACAACAUGACAACAUUGUCAAAUACAAGGGAGUGUGCUACAGUGCUGGCCGUCGUAACUUGAGGUUAAUUAUGGAAUAUUUACCUUAUGGAAGUUUACGUGACUAUCUCCAGAAACAUAAGGAAAGACUGGAUCAUAAGAAACUUUUACAGUACACAUCUCAAAUCUGCAAGGGAAUGGAGUAUCUUGGUACAAAAAGAUAUAUCCAUAGGGAUCUGGCCACAAGAAAUAUUUUAGUGGAAAAUGAGAAUAGAGUUAAAAUUGGAGAUUUUGGAUUAACAAAAGUCCUGCCACAAGACAAAGAAUACUACAAAGUGAAAGAACCUGGUGAAAGUCCCAUAUUCUGGUAUGCUCCAGAAUCACUCACAGAAAGCAAGUUUUCUGUAGCCUCAGAUGUGUGGAGUUUUGGAGUGGUUCUGUAUGAACUUUUCACAUAUAUUGAGAAAAGCAAAAGCCCACCAGCGGAAUUUAUGCGUAUGAUUGGUAAUGACAAACAAGGGCAGAUGAUUGUAUUCCAUCUAAUAGAACUUUUAAAGAAUAAUGGAAGGUUGCCAAGACCAGAUGGAUGUCCUGAUGAGAUUUAUUCUAUCAUGACUGAGUGUUGGAACAAUAAUGUAAGCUUACGCCCUGCCUUCAGGGAUCUUGCUCUUCGAGUGGAUCAAAUAAGAGAUGACAUGGGUGGAUGAAAGAAUGAAACUUCAUUUUAAUGCUACAGAAUUAAAUUUUACCCUUCAGGACUAUUUUCACACAGGUCAUGGUAUGAAUAGAUCAGAAAUGCAGAUAUCUCUUCAGAACUUGCAGAUGCAAAUCUCUCAUCAAAAUUUGCAGAUUCCAUCAAAUGUUUGUUUUCUUCACGAGGACGUAUUUGUUCCCAUGAGAACAUGCCAAUGAAACCGAUUGAUAGAGACUUUUUUUGGUAUUCCUGUAUGUGGUCAGUCAGUAUCACCAUUGUUUGCCUUACUUGGCAAAGCAAAAGAGAAAAAAAAGAAAGAAAGAAAAGAAAAAGACUUCUUUUUUGACACAGUUAAAUUUUUGAGAAUUGAAAACAUUUAAUGCUUUUUUUUUUGUCAGAGUUAAAAGAUUCAGAGAAUAUAUUUGUACAGUCUUUUCCUCAGUGAAUGUAUAAAGAACUUGGCCUCUUGUGUAGUGUUUUGCACAAAGGUUUACAGUCAUUGGUAUUGUUUUCUAAUUUUUACAGUGUUGAUCCACACAUUUUAGCUUCAUGAACAUUUAGAACCAAGAUAAGAUGUUUAGACUUCUUAAUAAGCAACCUUUCUAUCUACCUGUUCAGCUCUGUUAUUUAGUCAGCAUUAUAAACAGGUAUACACUUUUAGCAUGUUUUGUGUAUUGUAAAUAUUUUUCAAGACAAAGGGAACAAGCAUAUAGUUUUACUUGUACAGGAUAACCCCUCAGUCCCAUCCCGCUCCCUUAAGAAUACAUUUUGAAAUGGAACAAGCAUACAGAGAUAUAGCACAAUAUAUUUUCCUACUUGGUUUUCUUGUAGUAGUGGUAGUAGUGGCAUUUAUUAAGUAGAAUUCCUUCUAUAUGUGUUUUUUUGGUAAGAUAUGAACAAAUAAGGUGUACUUGAAGCUUUUUCACACUGAAUUAGUAGUCUUAUUUUAAGACUUUUUUUUAAAAAAUAAGAAUAUUAACAAUAUUUUCAUCCCCUGAAUUACUGUGUUCCUUCAAUUCAAUAUGUUCUCUCACUCCUUGGAAUCAUGACAUGCUUAAAUUGAAUGAAGGAAACAAAGGCAUAAUUAGCUUUCUAAACUGAAAUUGUAUAAACCUGCUUUUAGAUUGUGGGAUGGAUUAAGAAAAUAACUGAGAAAUGUUCAAUUUUUGGUCAAUCUUUUAUUUCCUAAAUAUAUUUAUAUUUCUUGAAGAAUAUAUUUAAGGAUCUUUUUCCAAAAUCCAAGAUGAUUUCUUAUCUGUCAGAAAUUUUCUUAUACAAUUUAAGAGCAAAUUGAAAGUAGCAAAAGCAGGGCAAUUUCAAUUUCUGAUUUUUAAAGUAACAAUACAGAAUUCAAGGAACAAUAGGAAUAUAUAUAUAUUUUUUUUUUCAUUGUGAUACAUUAAAUAUAAGAAUCUUAAAAUACAGUUGUUAUAUCUUACUCUACUUAAAGUGUUUUGAGUUAGAUGAAAUUUUUAGUGUUACUGCAUUCUAGAUAUUGAAUUUUAAUAAUAUUUUGGGCUUAUUUGCACAAAGUUUUAAGCACGUAUCUUGCCUCAAAAUAAUAGCACAUUUUUAAGUAGAAACAAGUUGUCUUUUUUUUUUUUUUUUUUAAUUACACGCCUUUCUUCAAACCAAGUCCCACUUUCAUUUUCUCAGUACUGCUUUGGAGCUGACUUAAAUCAGAAUUUUAAAUGAUGUUUUUUUAAAAAAAGGCUUCAUUUAUGGAGGAAUUAAUCUAUAUAAUUUUUGUUCCAUUUGUUUUGUUUUUUUACUUGUCCAAUACCAUCGUAGCUUCAAAAGCUGUUUUAGCUAUACUAUUGAAUGCAGAAGUAAUAUAAAGGGACAGAAUAUUACAUUUGUAAUAAGAUUGAUAAUGUAUAUUUUAAAGGAAGCCGAAUAUAAUUUCUGUUUAUUUAAAAAAAAAAAAACAACUCAGGGAUGUCUGUAUCAUAAUGCAAUUAUGAGAUCUUCCAUGCUGCUAGUUUUCAAGUGAAAGGUAAGCCCUUAAUACAGUAUGCUUGUUUUUGUACCUGGUACUAAAACUCAAGUACCAAAGGAGAUGAUGAUUUUUGGAGUGCUAUAAUAUUUUGUUUUUUGCUUUUUUUUUUUUUUUAAGGUUAUUAGCUAGAUUUUUUUAAACUUUUAUAACGUUUAGAUUUUGAGUAUUAGAUAAAGGAAUUGCAAUGCAAGCUAACAUCCUUCAUCGUAUUAGAGACAUAAUUAACCAACCUACUCAAAAACUCCAGUUUUUGUUUUUUUUUUUUGAGGAUUUGUAUUGUGAUUUUUAAAAAUUUUAAACAUGUAUAGAAAUUGCAACUUUCCAAAUCGUCAUAAUUGUUCAGUGGUUGUACACAGAUAACAGGUAAGUGACUGCUGCUUUAGUUCAUGCCAGACAUAAUUCUGUCAAAUGAAAGCUCUUGAGAAGCAAAAUUAGAUGUUAAGAUUUUCAGCAAUUUCUUUACUUUUCACAGUCUUUGUAUUAAUGGAGAAACAAAUUUCUUUCCCUGGUUGCCAUUUACUUUGGGAAAGCCUCUUUUUGAUGUUAUUGUAUUUGCUACCAAAAGUGCUAUGAUUUACUGUAGUAAAUUUACUGUAGUAUGCUUUCCUUUCAUAUCCAUAAAGCUGCUAUAAAGUUACAUGAAAUUUUUAUCACAGUUACAGAUUGUCUAAUGCUCCAAAAUAAUUUAAACAGUCAUUUUCAUAAUAAAACCCUAUCAUUGCACAUUUGUGUUUUUCCUCUCCCCAUAAAAUACUAUCUUUAGAUCUUCUUUAUUAAUUGGUGCAAUUUGUUUUCUUAACAGUUUACCUUUCACACAUUCCCAAAGUUGUAACCAUCAUCCAUGCAGUGAGUGAUAUAGAUGUAAGAUUCCAAUACAUAGAAGUGGGGAAAUUCACUCAUUAAUUUAGGUGUUGGCAGAUCAUAGUCAUUAAUAAGGGAAACUCACCUACCAGUUUAGGUAUAAAUAGUUCACAAUAUCUAUUAAAUGCUUCCAUAGCUCUCCAAUGCCAAUCACUGUACUAUCCUCCUGAGCAUUGCUGUACUCAACCUAGUCCAAAUUAUUAAAAUGAUUUUUUAAAAUGAAGAUUUCCUCUAGUUUUCCAGGGUAGGUUUCUAAAAUUCUCAUAUUACCCUUAAUUCAUUGUGUUGGAAUAUCCUUUGCCAAAUAAAUAUGUUUAUGUAUGAUAAAUGUGAAAAUUCAGGUGUUAAAUUUCAAAAUGUCUGUCUUCAUUUACAUUCAUGCUUUUGAUUUUACAAAGAACUCUGGAUCUGAUGUCCAAAAACUAUGACCUCUAUCACUUAGGACCUGGGUCACUUUCAGCAAUUCGUUUUGACCUCUCUAGGCCUUGUUUUUCACAUUUACACAAUCUUUAAAGUCUUUUUCAGCUCUAAAUCUGUGAUCUGAUCCAUGUUCAUCUGUAUCCUUUAUAGAGUAAUUGAGCUCAUUAGUUACUGAGUUUACUCUAGUCUGUGUCUGGGGAUAACUUUUAAACUAUGGUUUCUUUUCUUUUUUCUUUUUUUUUUUUUUUAACUCAUUGAAUAGCCUUGAUUAGGAUAACAAUUUUAGAGCUCAAAAGGAUCUUAAAGAUCACCUCAUUUAACACUCCCAUUUUACAAAUGAGGAAACUCACAGGUAGAAAGUAGUAGAGCUGAGGUUCAAAUCAGAAUACUCUAGAAGACUCCAAAUCAAAGUUUCCUUUAGCUGCAUCAAAGGGCUUCUGCUAAAAUUAUAGGAUGUUAACAAAUAGUGUAUUAUGUUAAAAGGCCUGUCAGUAAAGUGCUAGAAAAUUCAUUUUGAGCAUUAUUGCAACAAAUCUAUUUUUUAAAAGUGAGAGCCAUGAAUUAAGAGGCUUGACUGCAAGUUCAUAGAUUAUACAAAUAGAUUUCAGAGAACCCAUAAUUUGGAUGGGAAAAAAAUUGAAUCUUUAUUUUUAUUUACUUCUAACUAACAUUUGGCAUUGCUUUCAAUUAUUAUUUUUAAAAAUAUAUUUUUUUCUGACUUUAGAUUGCUGAAGGGAUCCAUGCUACAAAAAAAGGUGAAGACUUUCUGCUCUGUUCUCCUUUUCAAAUUCUAAAAUUCCAUGAUUCUAUAAACAUUGCUUUGUAUUAGUGUGUGUAAAAAGAAAAAAGAGUUAGAUGGUAACAGGACACCCAUGGUAUUGGCUAGCUAAAAUGACCAACUAUUGUCUUUGGAUUCACAAGCCUCCUUUCCACUUUGUAUACUCUCAUCCCUUUGGAAUUCAUUCCUUACCUUCUUUAGUCCCCAUUGUCAAUGGACCAUAACUUCUAUAGUAAUAAUAGUUAUUAUAGCAGCUAAUAUUUAUAUAGCACUAUGUGCUAGUCACUGUACUAUGUCCUUUACAAAUAAAUCUCAUCUGAAAGU